UGCGCAUGCGUACAUCUCAGUCUGUCAGACCAGCAGUCAGUAAACAUGGCUGGUGUUGGAUUCCAGCGAUGGGCCAGAGCCCUCGCUAAGGGAAAAGGUUCUGGCAUUUCAGCCCUUUUGUCGGGAUGUAGAGCAGCCUCUGGUGGGACAAAAGACAGUCUACCUGGUCCAUACCCGAGGACUCCAGAGGAGAGAGCUGCAGCAGCAAAGAAAUACAAUUUGAGGGUUGAGGACUAUGAAGCAUAUCCCGACAAUGGCGAGGGCUUCGGUGACUAUCCAAAACUAACAGAUAGGUCUCAGCAUGAGAGAGACCCCUGGUACCAGUGGGACCACCCUGACCUGAGGAGGAACUGGGGAGAGCCAAUGCACUGGCAUUUUGACAUGUUCAUCAGGAACCGUGUGGAUACAUCUCCCAGCCCUGUGCAGUGGUCCACAAUGUGCAAACAACUGCUUGGUUUCAUUGGGUUCAUGUUGUUUAUGUUCUAUGUUGGAGAGAAGUUUCCAGCCUACCAACCUGCUGCUCCAAAGCAGUAUCCCUUCAAUGACCUGUACUUGGAAAAGGGCGGCGAUCCUGAUAAACAGCCAGAGGAAAUAAAACAUUAUGAAAUCUAAUGUCCAAAAUACAGUUCUACUUAUGUAUAUAUUUCUGUCAAGAAUAAAGACUAAUGUUAACAGUUAAACAUUUUGUCUACUGGGUUGUUAUUUCUUUAUGUGAAAAUAAAGGUAAUUUUGCAUCCCC